AAGCGGACGGACGGCCAAACGUCAUUGUGUAUAUACAUAUAUAUUGCGAAAUUGGUCUUGUCUCGUCUGUACCGUAUACGGUCAGUCAGUUAAAAUCGCUACCUCUGACAGACUAGUUGUGUCAUUAGCCUUAUUUUUAACAGACGAAUAGUGUGAGUGUUCGAUUUUUGAAUUUUGUGCUGUGAAAGUGACAGACAUGACGACGGACGUGCAGUUAACCCACCUUACGAAAAAGGAGGGUUCUGACAUCACUUUCAAGGACAUGGUGGAGGAAACGUCCGUCACGGAAGAAUCACAGAUCCAGAAGUUCUUCGCUGACUCCACUGUCCUCGUGACGGGGGGUACCGGGUUCCUUGGGAAGUUGCUGGUGGAGAAAUUGUUGAGGUCAUGUCCAGACAUAAAGAAGUUGUUCCUGCUAGCCAGACCGAAGAAGAACAAGGAAGUCGCGAAGAGAUUGCAGGAGCAGUUUGAUGAUGUCCUUUACGACAAACUUAGGAAAGAGAAUCCAGACUUUUUGCAGAAGAUCGCCAUUUUGGAAGGAGACGUUGGUCAAUUGGGUCUUGGUCUGAAUGACGAGGAUAGAACCAAAGUUAUCAAUGAGGUCGAGGUGAUAUUCCACGGGGCAGCCACAGUGAGGUUCGACGAGCCCCUGAAGACAGCUGUCUCCAUUAACGUGAGGGGAACGAGGGAGAUGUUCCUGCUGGCGAAGAACUGCCACAAGUUGAAGGCAUUAGUCCACAUAUCUACUGCUUAUAGCAACUGCCUUCAGAAUGUCAUCGAGGAGAAGUUCUACGAAUGCCCAUUGCCGGGAGACAACCUUAUCGACUUGGUGGAGACCUUGGAUGAUAAGAUCAUCAACAAUAUCACUCCUGGAUUACUUGGCGACUGCCCCAACACAUACACGUAUACAAAAGCGGCUGCUGAAGACAUUGUGUUGAAGUACUCCAAAGGUCUACCUGUGGCUCUGUUCAGGCCAGCUAUUGUGAUCGGAACAGCCAAUGAACCUGUGUCAGGUUGGAUAGACAACGUAUAUGGACCCACAGGUGUGGUCGUAGGCGCCGCCGUCGGCCUCCUCCACGUGUUGAACUGCGACCCCAAAGCGGUCGCCGACCUCGUCCCGGGGGAUAUGGUGGUGAAUGCGAGCGUUGCGGCCGCAUGGCGGACUGCGCGGGAGUUCCCUGGCAACCACGAGGACGCCCCCCCUCCGGACCUGCCCCCACCCGUUUAUAACUACGUCUCGUCCGAACAGAAGCCACUGACUUGGGAGAAGUUUAUGAAAUACAAUGAGUAUUACGGUCUCGACGUGCCUCCGAUACAAGCGGUAUACUACUACUUGCUUCACAUAACGCCGUCUCGCUUCCUCUAUCACCUGUCCUGCUUCUUUCUGCAUUGGAUCCCAGCCUAUAUAGUUGACGGCAUCGCUGUGUUGAUUGGAAAAAAGCCUAUGUUAAGAAAAGCGUACACAAAAAUUGCUAAAUUCUCCGACGUCGUUGCUUAUUUUGCCGUGCGCCAAUGGAAAUUCGAGAACGCGAACGUGCAAAACUUAUUCAGCGAAAUGAACAAAAGGGAUCAGGAGUUGUUUGAUUUCAACAUGGCCGCCUUGAACUGGAGCGAUUACUUCUACAGUUACGUCAGGGGUAUUAGAGUUUAUUUGCUGAAAGACCCAAUUGACACUGUACCGGCCAGUAUCAAGAAACAUUCGAAAUUAAGAUGUUUGCAUUACGCCUUUUGCGCUAUCUUAAGUCUCGGCGUUCUAAGAUUAUUGUGGAGUUUGUUUAGUUUUGUUUUAGCAUUGAUUUUUAGGUGUUUUUAAGUUUUUUUUUAAAUUGUUUUCUGUACAGAUUUUGGAUUUUUUUUGAGUCUGGUUUUUUUUAAUUAUCUUGUUGUUUUUGUUUUUUUAUUAUAUAUUAUUUUUAUUUUUAUUUCAUCAUCGUAAUAUUGUGUUGAAAAAUAAAGACUUUAAAUAAGUUUUAUGUUAUUUAUAUAAUUGCUGAGUUAAUUUAUCGAACAAAUAUAGUUUUGAUUUUUAAUUUUUUAUUUAUAUUUGUAUUUAGGUAAAAUGUCAUGUUUGUCACAAUGUAUAAAGUAAUAGUACAAUAAUUUUAGAUAUAAAACUUAAUUUAAUAAUAUGUGAUGGUUCAAUAUAAGUAUAAAUUAACUAGCUUUAAAAAAAAAUAUAUUGACAAAAGAAAUACUUUCUCCCAGGCGGUAUGACAUUUUUUUAUAUAUACAACAUAAAGAUUAUACAAAAUAUUUAAUAAAAAAAUAUAUACAUCCAAAUUUCCAAGUACAUGAUACUUUUCCAUUAUUGUUAAUUUAUAAUUUUUAAGAAAUUCGUGUAUAAUUGAGAGCAUAAUUCUGUAGGAUUAGUCAUGUCAUACCACUUCGGUUGAAUAUUUUUAUCCGUUGACAUAGUUAAUUAAGGUAUAAUUAAAUGAUGUAGGUCACAUUUGUUAUAAUUUUUUUGAUAAUUAUACCUAUAAUAUAAAUAUUUAUAAUUUAGCCAAUGUAAAACAAAAGAGAAUAUA